AUGCGGUUCCGCGACGCUCCUGAGCUUCCCAGCCCCGACAAAAGAAAGAGAUGGCGAUCCAUCACCCUGCGACUUUGGUGUGUGCCACUCCUUUUGCUCGCAGAGGUGGCCUUGAUCGUUGCUAUCGGCACCCUGUUUGCCUUGUCGAGACAGCGCACGGGAUUCGUCGACGUCGGCUUCGAAGAACGGUCGUUGGAUUUCUCCAGCUUCCCGGGUGCCCUGAGAUGGGGUCAGGGCCUGCUGUGGACGACAUUCCCUGUCCUCAUUAUCGGCCUGUACAAGUUGUUUCGCGACGCCGUGGUCGCAGCGCUGGUCGUGGAGACGCCGUACAUUGAGCUGGCCCGCACCAGCCGCGACCGCCCCGUCAAGGCCCGCAAGUCGGUCUAUCUUGACUAUCGGUCCUAUUUCGCGAUCGUGGCCUGCGGGAAGGCAUGGAAGAACAAGCACUACUUCCUGAGCAUCUGCCUCGUGCUGUCGUUUGUCGAGGCCCUGGGCCUUGUGCCCCUGACGGCGCGUCUGUUCGCAGCCCGCGAGGAGCUUCUCCCCAAGGAGGCCGCGAUCAACGUCUUGUCCGCCUUUGACACCAGCGCACCUCUCGGGACCGUCGAUUAUGGCGCACUCAUGGACGCCGUGUCGGCCUCGUGGAUCAACGAAUCGCCUUUACCGCGCGGCACUGAUGGAGAUUUCGCCUUUAGUCGGAUCGAGCCGACGGAACCCGCGAUCAACUUCACCAUCUCUGCGCCGACGAACGCGUCCCGCCUGACCAUGGACUGCGCAGAGGUGCCAAUAUCAUCGGCGAACCCCAACGUCGUGGACGAGACCGACAACUUCGUUACCGUCAGCUUCUCCACCAGAGACCGAGGGUGCGACAUCGAAGGCAGCAUCCCAGCGCAGACCGACGGGAGCGACUUUCUCGAGGCCAUAUUGACGAGUAAAUGCCCCGACGGCGCCGGCAACUCCCGUAUCGGGUUCUUCUACGGCGCCGUCUCUGCCACCGGUGAUCUCACGAGUUCCAUCCUCGUCUCGUGCAUCCCAACCUACUGGUCCGCACCGGGUAUCCUCACCGUCGUGACCACCAACAGCACUUUCUCCGACCGUGUGGUCGAAACGCCCAGGUUCGACGCCUCGGCCUACGACGUCCACGACCUAGGUAUCCCGGCCCAACAGUUCGAGCAGGGCGUCAUGACCGUGCAGACAUUCAACCCCGCGACCACCAGCGCGGGCAACACGAACGCUCCAUUGCGACUUGCCGAGCUCGUCGUGCGGCGCAUCGAGGCCCUCGGCCAGCCGUAUACUGCCGACACUCUUAUCAACGCCGUCAACCGGAUCUACCCGGCCAUCUACACGAUACUGGCCCUGACGUACUUCUACCCGGAACUGGCCCCGCCACUCGCCGUCACGGGGACGUUAGCCGUGCCUCAGAACCGGUUACACGUCGUCCCGCCCGUCGCGAUCGCCAUGCUCGUCACCCUCGCCAUCCUGGGCGCUUCGACGGCUUACCUCCUCUUCUACCUGCGCUUCCACCCGAGCAUUCUGGCGGAGGAACCCGUGGGGCUUCUCGGCGCGGCAAGUCUGCUGCGGAGAAGUAACAUUGCGGAAAUCAUCGAGAGGUACCACCGGCAAGAUGACUUUGACGGACGGCUGAGCCGGGAGUUGCCCAAGAGCAAGGAGAAGAAGGACGUCAAGAAGGAGAAGAACGGCAACAAGGAGAAGCGGAAGAAGAAGAAAAAGCAGCAUCUAGACGACCAGUUGAAAGAAACGUGGUGCUGGAUCGAGCGUGGCGAAAGGCCUCAUGAGCUGAUUAUCAAGAUGGGACGGCCUGAAUCUGAGUGUGACGAGGGGUCCCGUAUGUACGACACAAAGGCUGGAAGUGGAGGUGCUGGAGAAGACGAAGAGGAAGAAGACAGGAGUCACAGUCACAGUCAGCGCCCUCCCAACAGGGUGCAGCCGCCUUACAGGACAUCGAACGGCCCAGCGCCAAUUACUGGCGCAGGGGGUCAUUGUAUGUACGGUCGGGUCCCUUCUCAGGAGCAGGAGCAAGACCAAGAGGCCGUCUAUGAUCUGGGACAAGGACAGGGACGGGGAUCUGAAGGACGACCGCCAGCAGGACCAGGACUGGGAUCCGAGAGUUAUAAGUCUCCUUCGCCAAAUAUACAACCAGCGCUACCGACGCCGACGCCGUCACCCGGGAUAACCGGCCCGCGUUACGACUACGACUACGGGCAUGGCUAUGGCUAUGGCUAUCAGUAUGGAUAUGGAUUUGGUCGCAAUGGUGGACAUGUGGAUGGUGGGUUCCUCGGCCAGACUCCUCCGGCCGUACCUGGGGGCGAGCAGCUACUCGUAGGCGUACGAAGAAAACCAGUGCACACUGCACAGCAACUCUAA